AUGCAGCAGUCCCUGGGCAAUGUGAAUGUCAUAGGUGGGUUUCCCUGGUUACCACAGACUGUCACAGGUGAGUGUACAUGGCUACCACUGACUGUCACAGGAGGGCUGUCCCUGGGUACCAUUGUCACAGGAGGGGUGUCCUUGGUUACCACUGGCACAGGAGCUGUGUCCCUGGAUACCACUCUCACAGGAGGGGUGUCCCUGGUUACCACAGACUGUAACAGGCCGGUGUCCCUGGGCACUGUGAAUGUCAUAGGUUUGUUUCCCUGGUUACCACCGACCUUCACAGGUGAGUGUACAUGGCUACCACUGACUGUCACAGGAGGGCAGUCCCUGGGUACCAUUGUCACAGGAGGGGUGUCCUUGGUUACCACUGGCACAGAAUGUGUGUCCCUGCUUACCACUGACUGUCACAAGAGGGGUGUCCUUGGUUACCAUGGUCGCCUGUGGGUUUCCCUGUUUACCACCGACUGUCAUAUGUGCGUGUCCCUGGUAACCACGGUCACAGGAGAGGUGUCCGUGGUUACUAGUGACUGUCACAGUAGGGGUGUCCUUGGUUACCAUGGUCGCACGUGGGUUUCCCUGGUUACCACUGACUGUCAGAGAUGCGUGUCCCUGGUUACCACUGACUGUCACAGGAGGGAUGUCCUUGGUUACCACUGGCACAGGUGGUGUGUCCCUGGUUACCACUGUCACAGGAGGGGUAUCAGUGGUUACCAGUGA